CAGUUUUCGCACCAUCGCAACAUCGCAACGUUUUAUGGAGCCUUCAUCAAAAAGAGCCUUUCGAGCAAGGAGGACCAACUCUGGCUGGUCAUGGAGUUCUGUGGUGCUGGUUCCGUCACUGAACUUAUCAAGGCUACCAAAGGUGAACGCAACAGUUUGAAGGAAGAUUGGAUAGCCUACAUAUCACGAGAGAUUUUGAGAGGGUUGUCCCAUCUGCACACCAACAAAGUCAUACACAGAGAUAUCAAGGGUCAAAAUGUUCUACUCACUGAUAAUGCUGAUGUUAAGUUAGUUGACUUUGGUGUAAGCGCUCAGCUGGACAAGACUAUGAGUAAGAGAAACACAUUCAUCGGAACACCAUAUUGGAUGGCUCCUGAAGUAAUAGCCUGUGACACAAAUCCCGGUGCAACUUAUGGCUUUAAGAGUGAUUUGUGGUCAUUGGGAAUUACUGCAAUAGAAAUGGCUGAAGGGAAACCACCCCUGAGUGACAUACAUCCAAUGCGAGCUCUCUUCCUCAUACCUCGAUAUCCACCCCCGAAACUGAGGCAGAAAAAAUGGUUGGUGGAUUUUGUAUCGUUCAUAACAGACUGUCUGAUCAAGGACCACAACUCGCGACCAUCCACCGACCAACUCCUCAAGCAUCCCUUCCUCAAGGAUCUUCCCACUGAAAAGCAGGUCAAAGUUCAAAUGAAGGAGCACAUUGACAAACACAGGAAGAGCAAACGACCUGAAGACAUAGAGACCGAAUAUGAAUACGACGCCAGUGAUAAUGAAGAAGAUAAUGCAAAGAAUGGUGGAGAGCCGAGUUCCGUGUUGCAGAUGCCAGGCGAGUCGACACUGAGGAGAAACUUCUUACAAAUCCAAGAAGGAGAAGGCAGAAAAACUCCCAACCCAUACGCCAUUCCACAAUCAGGUCCCUCGUUCAGUCCCUUGUCCAGGGCUCAGCCAGCCCCCGCUCUCCACAAUGCGAAGAAACCACAACAGCCACAACAACUACCGCAACAGUCGCAAGUUCAAAUUCAACAGCUACAACCACCUCCUUCGAAACAUCUACAGCAACCGCACCAUCAAGCACCUUUCAACAUGAACAACAAAUACCAGCCUCACGUUCUUCAACAGAAACAACAGCAGCCGUCGCAGAUACCGCAACUGCACCGGCAACAACAGUCUGCACCGUCACACGUUGGAAUGAACAUCACAUCCGACAACAAAAUCAUACCCAACAACAACAUCAACAACAACAAAAUAAUAAACAACAACAACAUUAUAACACGCAGUAGCAACAUACCAACACCCAGCGACAACAACAGUCGACUGUCGUCAGCCAAUCACGUCUUUGUCGUUGCUGAUUUGGAGGAGGAUGAUGAUGAAGAUUCUGAUGAAGAGUUGGCGCCUCUGCCAGAUGGAACCUUGCUGGCGUCAGCACCUCCCAGACCUCUGUUGGUGUUUGUGUUGGUCUCACCCAGCAGCUCGAACACUACCGACAACACAACCACAAAGACAACAAAUUCCUCUGGUUCAUCAUCUUCGAACAGCGGCAAGUUCAGAGCAGAUAAUUCCAGCCUGCCUGAUCUCAUAUCAAACAACAAACCAAAGCAGAAGAACAAAGAUGCAACUUCCAACGAUGCCAACACUGAGAAAAAUAUCGUUGAAACGCUGAAACACGCACACACACACACUCACCACACACAAACAAACACACACACACACACUGUCCAGGUGACGUCACUGAAUGAUUAUGCCCAGCAGCAGCAACCGCUCACAAAGAAACAAGGUUCAUCACGUUCCUUUCUUUCGUUUGGUUUCGGGGCCAAAGAACAAACGCCCGAUUCGCAGAGCAGAAAAAAUUCGAAAAUCAGCAUAAAUAUUCUGCCCAAUGGCAACAGCAGCAACAUGCCUGAGAUCCGCAAGUACAAGAAGAAAUUCAACACGGACAUCAACUGUGCUGCUCUGUGGGGCGUGAACUUGCUCAUCGGCACCGAGAAUGGGUUGAUGUUCCUCGAUAGAAGUGGACAAGGCGAAGUAUACACGUUGAUAUCUCGACGUCGUUUCCAGCAAAUUGAUGUGUUGGAAGGUCAGAACUUGCUGGUCAGCAUCUCCGGCAAGAGCAACAAAAUUCGAAUGUACUAUCUCUCCUGGCUCAAGUCGAAAAUUCUCAAAACAGAUCCUAAUGACAAGAAGGUGGGCUACACAAAUCUCGCACAUCUAGAGGGAUGCACUCAUUUUAAAAUCAUCAAAUACGAGCGAAUCAAGUUCUUAGUCGUUGGUCUUGCGGAUUGCAUAGAAAUAUUUGCAUGGGCUCCUAAACCUUACCUCAAGUUUAUGGCAUUCAAGUCUUUCAGUGGCCUAACGUACAAACCUCUGCUGGUUGACCUCACGGUUGAAGAGAGUCAGCGUCUCAAAGUGGUCUACGGCUCGUGUCAUGGCUUCCAUGGCAUCGACCUCGACACGUCCAGUAUUUUCAACAUUUUCAUGCCCAUGACGACACACACCAUAGUACCUCACGCCAUCAUCGUCAUACCUGGCUCCAAUGGCAUGUCACUGCUCCUUUGUUAUGACAAUGAUGGUGUUUAUGUUGAUACGUAUGGCAAAGUGGAGAAGAACUCUGUGCUGCAGUGGGGUGAACUGCCUAGUAGUGUUGCUUACAUAGGAACCAAUCAGAUCAUGGGCUGGGGACAGAAGGCCAUCGAGAUCAGAACACUGGACAGUGGCACUCUCGAUGGUGUCUUCAUGCACAAGAAGUCACAGAAACUCAAGUUCCUCUGCGAGAGAAAUGAUAAGGUGUUCUUCUCUUCAGUGCGUAGUGGUUCGGCCUCUCAGAUUUAUUUCAUGACUCUCAACAGACCUGCCGUCUCAGCUAACUGGUGAUCCUGUUGUUUAAUUCCAGUUGUUGAACUGAGAGGGGAUGCAUGACGUAACUGAUGACGUAAUUAAUGACGCCGAUUGCAUGACAUACCAUGACGCUACAUGACGCACGCUUUAGAGAUUGCUAGUAUUUGUUGUUUGUGUGUAAAUUUGGUGAUGAUUUCACGCUACUUUUCUUUUAAAAUUUU